AUGCCUAUAGAUAUGGUGCCUAAUGAGGAUGCUGGCUACGCCUUCUUGGUCGACUGGGGCUCGCAUCGUGUUGUUUGUAUUGAUGAAGGCCCUCCACGAUCCACUCGUAAUAUACCGAGAUCUCCUGAGGAGGCCGCGGCGACAUUCCCCUAUCCACCAUCGAUGCGGGUUAUAGCUGGGAAGGGUGAAAGAGGGAGUUCUCUCGCGCACUUGGCUGAGCCUAUGAAUGCUGUAGAGUUUGAGGAUGAGAUCUAUAUAGCUGAUCGUGGCAAUAACAGAGUGGUGGCAUGGCCAUCUGAUGGCAGUGGCACGAUGGGUCGCUUGGUCUCGGGUUCAAAUCCCGGCAGCGGAAUGUGUGACCUGUAUGCUCCAGCGAGUUGUGAGAUCGACAGAACCCGUAAAAUCCUCUAUGUCGCCGAUACGGGUAAUCAGCGUGUCAUGGCUUAUGAAAUAUCCUCCUCCAAGGCUGGACGAGGACCUCUCGAGGGUAAUGCCAUUUAUCUGCUCGGUCGCCUCUUCCUAUGCCACUAG